CUAUAUCCAGCCACCACUUUAUCUUCUCUCUCGUUUCUUCUUCUCUCCCCUCUGACUAGAAAAAAAAAAAAAAAUUCUCUCUUCUUUCUCUCUGUGAGCAAUCAGAGAGUGCUUGAGGAGCCUCAAUGCCUCCUACCAGCUCAUGAUUUCAAUCAAUCAGAAAUUUCGAUUUUCUUUACUUUCGGGGUUUAUCCUUUAUUGGUGAACCUUGGCUCUCAGAAAUUUUAAAGCUAAUAACUGUGCACAAGAUUGGAAAUCUUCUACAGAGAGAGAAGGGCAGAGAAGUUUGGAAAAAAAAAAAAGAGAGAGAGAAGGGCGGAGAAGUUGACGUGGUUUGUAUAAGUGCUAAAUGGGGAUCUUUGAGGAGCUGGGUUUCUGUGGUAAUCUUGACUUUCUUUCUGCUCCAUCUGGGGAAGGGGAUGCAGCUCCAGAGCAUGAACUAGAGGCGACAGUGGAGGAGGAUUAUAGUGAUGACGAAACGGAUGUUGAUGAGCUCGAGAAGAGGAUGUGGAGAGAUAGAAUGCUAUUGAAGAAGAAGCUUAAAGAACAAACUAAGGGAAAGGAAGGAGUCGACAAUGCAAGACAGUGUCAAUCACAGGAACAAGCUCGGAGGAAGAAGAUGUCACGGGCACAAGAUGGAAUCCUGAAAUAUAUGCUGAAAAUGAUGGAAGUUUGCAAAGCUCAAGGUUUUGUUUAUGGAAUUAUCCCUGAAAAAGGAAAACCAGUGAGUGGCGCUUCUGACAAUCUGAGAGCAUGGUGGAAGGAAAAAGUAAGAUUUGAUCGUAAUGGCCCAGCUGCCAUUUCUAAGUAUCAGGCAGAUCAUUCAGUCCCUGGGAAGAAUGAACACUUCAGUGCGGUGGCAUCCACUCCUCACACCUUGCAGGAGCUCCAAGACACCACUCUUGGUUCACUUUUGUCAGCUUUGAUGCAGCACUGCAAUCCUCCCCAAAGACGUUUCCCAUUGGAGAAGGGUGUUGCCCCACCUUGGUGGCCUACUGGUAAUGAGGAAUGGUGGCCUCAACUAAAUCUGCCCAAGGAUCAGGGUCCUCCCCCAUACAAGAAGCCUCAUGAUCUGAAGAAGGCUUGGAAGGUUGGUGUUCUCACGGCUGUGAUAAAGCACAUGUCACCAGAUGUUGCCAAGAUCCGCAAGCUUGUUUGUCAGUCUAAAUGUUUGCAGGACAAAAUGACUGCUAAGGAGAGUGCCACUUGGCUAGCCAUUUUAAACCAGGAGGAAGCUUUGGCCCGGAGGCUAUAUCCUGAUACAUGUCCAUCUCCAUUUGCUGGUGGGAAUGACUCUCUAGCAAUCAGUGGAACUAGUGAUUAUGAUGUCGAAGGGGUUGAUGAUGAAGAAAAUGUUGAAAUAGAGGAUUGCAAACCUCUUGUUAAUCACUUCAACAUUGGAGCCACUGGACAAAGAGAGAGGCUGGGACCUCAGAUUAAGAGAGAGCUCAUUGAGAUCAACUCCGAUUUUGGUCAAAAGAGGAAGCAGCUGGCUGAAGAGCCACAAAUGAUGUUAAAUCAGAAGGUUUACACCUGCGAAUAUCUGCAGUGCCCGUAUCAUGAUUAUCGCCUAGGCUUUCUUGACAUAACUGCAAGAAACAAUCAUCAGUUGAAUUGUCCACACCGGAGUAAUUCUUCACAAGUGCUUGGAAUGUCAAGCUUUCAGCUUCGCAAUGAGAAACCUGUGAGCUUCUCUCUACCCAUUGCUCAACAACCUACACCAGCAAUUCAACAACCAGUGAACCAGUCAAGUAUGUUCAAUGAUUCGGGAGUUGGAAUUCAACAACCAGUGAACCAGUCAGGUAGGUUUGAUGCUUCAGGACUUGGAAUUGCUGAGGAUGGGAAGAAAAUGAUAUCGGAGCUUAUGUCAUUCUAUGAUAGUAAUAUUCAGCAGAACAAUAACUGCAAUCCUGGAAACCUCAAUGUUAUAGAUGAUCGCAAUCAGCAGCAGGUGAACUAUCAAUUUCCAGUGAAUGAUACCUUCUUUGGUCAAGGAGUGGACAUAGGACGCAACAUGAACAUGUCGGAACCAUCCCCCAUGCUUAUGCUUCAUCCGGGUUUUUCAUCCCCGGAAGUUCAGUUUGAUCAGUUGAUGGCAUUUGAGUCUCCAGUUGGAAACAAUUACAGUGAAGAUGUCGACAUAAGAUUUGACUCCCCCUUUCACUUGGCACCAGUUGGUUAUAAUGCUAUGGACCCUCCGGUGAACCAAGAUGCAUCUCCCUGGUUCCCAUGAAGUGGGGUUUCUUAUAUUAACUGCUCCAAUCUGCGUGUUGGAGUUACGCUGUUUAGGUGAAAGCUUCGUUUCAAGUUUAGUUGCUCUUUUUAUCUUUUGGACGUGUUAGAUGUUUAUAUGACUGCUAAUAUGUUACAUCCCAAAUCUGUGUUUAGGGGUGGCGUGGGUGGGGUGGGGUUGGUUUACACAGUUCUUGAGCAAAUAGAGAAGCUUCGUUAUGUUUGGCUGGGUAUUUAUCUGCCGGACUUGUUAGACGUCUAAAACCCUCGAGAACUUGGGGGUUUCUCGUACUGCAACUUUGUCAUCUAAGUAUAGGUAUAUAUCUAGUUGCAGUAUCGAGUAGAGCCAAUAAAGGACCGGAAAACCCAAUCUGAUGUUCUGUGCUUUUGUCGAAGUGUUGGAAACAUUUUUCCGGUUGCUAAAGUCGAUUUUGGCAUGUGGUUUUUGUAAUGUAUACACACAAGACAUCUAUAUAUAUAUGGUGGUUUUUAUAUAACUA